AUGGGCUACGCUAACUCAGGCCUCGGUUCUGCCGCUCUAUUGUACAACCGGGAUGUCCCGAUGAGUGAGGACCAAUCCACCUUCUCCACCUCCGACAUGGGGUACGUCUUGUUCUGCACAGUCGGCAUCAUGAUCUUGACGCCGGCCAUUGGCAUGUUCUACGGUGGUACCUUGAAGAGGAAAAACAUCAUCCAAAUCUUGUUCCAGAGUUAUAUGGUCACCGCUCUUAUCACCGUCCAGUGGUUCUUGUUCGGCUACUCGCUAGCAGUCUCCCCGUCUGCCUCCCAUGUCUUGGGUAACUUUAGCUGGGGUGCUCUCACGCACAUCGGUGUCGGUCCCUACGUCGAAGGAGGCACCAUUCCUUCCAUCAUCUACUUCACCUUUUCGGCGUUCUUCCCCAUUGCAACCGUCCAAAUUUUUGUUGGUGCUAUCGCAGAGAGAUCUAGAUUACUUCCGUCUCUAGUUGUCGGCUUCAUUUGGUGUACCGUUGUGUACUGUCCCCUAGCAUACUCGACCUGGUGUGCUAAGGGUUUCUUGUACAACCUCGGUGCAUUGGAUUUUGCCGGCGGAGGACCAGUUCAUAUCGCCUCCGGCGGUGCUUCGUUAGCCUACUCAUUUUUCAUAGGAAAGAGAAAAGACUGGCUUGACCCUAAGACAAAAAAGGAGUACGAGCCUCAGAAUACAGUGAUUACGUUCAUCGGUGUUUCCAUUAUAUGGUUCUCGUGGUUGUGUUUUAACUCAGGUACUUUGCUAGCAGUUAACACCAGAACAGGCUACAUCAUGGCAAACACUCAAAUUGCCGCUUCGUCCGCCUUAUUGGCCUUCGUUGCCGUGGACUAUGCCUUCACUCGCAAGUGGUCCUUAAUUGCAGCCUGUGAAGGUGCGGUUGCAGGCUUAGUUAACAUUACCCCCUCUUGUGGAUUUUACACUCCUUACUGGGCUUUCAUCACCUCCUUGUUCGUCGGCGGCUGUUGCAGGUUGGCAUACAGAUUUAACGAAAAGACUGGUAUCGAUGACACUACAAGAUCUUUCAUCAUCCAUGGUUUCGGAGGAAUCUUGGGCUCAAUCUGUCUUGGUGUCUUCGCUUCACCAUUCAUUGCUGGUACAGAUGGUGUUACAGAAAUUGACGGAGGAUGGAUCUUCCACCACUGGAAGCAGAUGGGCUACCAAUUUGCUGGCUGGACUACUUGUUUCUUCUGGUCUCUGGGUGCAACAUAUAUCAUCUGUUUUGUUAUCGACAAGAUCCCUGGUUUGAAAAUCAAGGCUGAUGAAAACCUCGAGGCAAUGGGUGCUGACUUCUUCGAAAUGGCCGAAAACGACGGGAACUACGUGGAUGCAAUGUAUCCCCAGUUUUCGUUGAAGGCUAUCCAAGGCGAUGCGUACGACGACUACGAGCUUGGAAAUAUCAAUGUCCUUGAUGGACUUGGCGAAGGGACUGGCAGUUCCGUCAGCGAUGAAAGACAUGACAAAUCAAUGCACGAUAUGAAAGUCAUUUCCUCAUAA